AUGGCACAGCAAAUACAGCCAAACCAGUCUCAGCAAUCACAAUCCCAACAAGGUCAGCAACAACAGGGGAUGAGCAAGAUUCUCGGUGUGAUGGGAACUCCAAAUUCGACUGCUACCACUGUGGCGGCCGCAGCGCAGGUAAUUGCGCAGCAACAACAACAGAAGGCGGCAGUAGCAGCAGCAGCAGCAGCACAGACCCAAGGGUUGCCUCUUUCGAUGAUGAUGUCCCCUCAAAUUCAGGGCAGGGUCAUUCAGCAUGGGAACCAAGGCGGUCAGGGUGUUCAAGGUGUUCAAGGUGUUCAAGGUGUUCAAGGUUCUGGCACUUCUGGCCAGCAGCCACAGCAACUGUUUCAGCAAGUUCAGCAGCAGCAAAUUGCUGCACUGGCAGCACAGAGGUUGGCCCAAGUGCAAGCCGCACAACAACAGCAACAACAAAUACCUUUUUCUCAGAUACAGCAACUUCAGCAGUUACAACAACAGGCACAACAGGCACAACAGGCCCAGCAAGCUCAGCAGGUUCAACAAGUAGAAGCGCAACAGGCACAGCAACCACAAGCAGCAGCAGCAGCAGUGGGCCUUGGCCAAAUUCAACCUCAACCACGAUUACAGCCAGGGAUACCUUAUGCGCAAGUAGGACCACAACCUAUGGUUCGUGAAGUUUGGAACAAUAACCUUGAAAGUGAGAUGAUGGUCAUUAGAGAGCUAGCCGAAAGAUAUAAUACGAUCUCCGUGUCUACUGAGUUUGCAGGUAUAGCUUCAAGACCGGUUGGCUCGUUCAGAUCAAUUAAGGAUUACCAUUAUCAAACAAUGCGUUCAAACGCGGACUUGUUGAAUUUGGUCCAGGUUGGAAUCACCCUCAGUGACAAUCAAGGAAGAAGACCAGCAGGAGUUCCAUCGACUUGGCAGUUCAAUUUCAAAUUUGAGCUCGACAAAGAGAUGUUUAAUCGAGAUUCUAUUGACACUCUUAUAACUACGGGAAUCAAUUUCAGUAAACUCAAGGAAAGUGGAAUUGAAUCUUCUGAGUUUGCACAAUGUCUUAUAGACAGUGGCCUUUGCCUCUUGCCAGAUGUGACAUGGGUCAGUUAUCACGUUGGCUAUGACUUUGGCUUUUUAAUUUCUCUGCUAAUCAAUAAGGAAAUGCCUUCGAGUGAGGAAGACUUUUCAGAUUGGGUGUCUACAUAUUUUCCUAACUAUUACGACGUGAAGCUGAUUUCUGUGUCAAAGCUUUUUGGAAACAACGUGUAUAAAAGUCGAUUCACUUUGGAAAGUCUUGCCGAGGAGCUUGGUGUGAUCCAUAAUGCAAACUUGAAUUUCUUGCAGGUGGGUGGACAGUCCAUGCUCACUCAUAUGUGCUACUGGGAGCUUAGAAGACUUAUCGAUUCCAAAGAACUUGAGUCUUGUAAGAACGAGAUCUGGGGCUUAAGCGAUAAUUCUGACAUUGCGGACUUGGCUCAAGAGAUACAGCCGCAACAUCAGCAACCACCACCACCAGCACCACAGCAGUCGCAGCAAUCACAGCAAUCACAGCAGCAGCAGCAACAGUCACAGCAAUCACAGCAGCAGCGUGGGCAGCAACCGUCACAAAUGCCUCCUCAGCUCCAACCUCUACAAAUGCUUUUACAACAGAAACAGCAACAGCAGCAACAACAGUCAGUUCAGCGAAUUCAACAACUGCUUCAAGCACAGAGUCUGUUGAACCAAACUACAGGAACAGGAGUACAGAGACAAGGCCAACAGCAGCCAAUAUUUGGUAUGAAUGCCCCACCUCCAGGGAUUUCUACAGACCAAAAAAAUAUGCUGUCCCCGAGAAUGAUGUACUACAAUAGGCCUAUGUAA